CAGAGCUAAUGUGAUUCAUUCAAGGAAGAGUGGGGACAAUUACCAGCAACUUGUUCACGUUUUGCCUUGGAUAGCCCAAGCUGAAAACCCCGGCUGAGAAUGACCCAGCAAAUGCACAACCUGAGCCUCCUGCAGAGCAAAAAGCACAGCAUGCCCUCGUCGCCCAGCGCUGCCAAGCGCCUGUACCGGAACCUGUCGGAGAAGCUGAAGGGCAGCCACACGUCCUUUGACGAGGCCUACUUCAGGUCCCGCUGCGACCGCCUCAGCCUCCGCAAGGCCUCCAUGAAUUUCCAGUGCAAUGAAGCUAUGUUUGAGGCCGUAGAGCAGCAGGACCUGGAUGCUGUUCAGAUUCUUCUUUAUCAAUACACCCUGGAGGAACUGGACCUGAACACACCAAACAGUGAGGGACUCACUCCUUUGGAUAUUGCCAUUUUGACAAACAACGUCCCCAUUGCCAGGACCCUUCUGCACGUUGGGGCAAAGGAAAGCCCACACUUUGUGACCGUGGAGAGCAGGUCUGUGCACCUGAGCACGCUGGUGCAGGAGGCCCAGCAGAGAGUGGCGGAGCUAUCAGCGCAAGCAGCGAGUGAAGGGCUGGGCACGGAGAGCGCCGAGAGGGAGAAGCAGCUCAAGGGCUGGCAGUGGCGGGCCAGACUCUACCAGCGCAUGCAGGCCGGCUACGAGCAUGCCCGAGCCCCCGAGGCGCCAACCAAUGUCUGUCUCAUGGUAACGAGCAGCACAUCACUCACUGUCACCUUCCAAGAACCCCUCAGUGUCAACUCAGCUGUGGUGACCAAGUAUAAAGUGCAAUGGAGCUCUUCAGAAGACUUUUCUCCUUUGGCUGGGGAAAUAAUCAUGGAUAAUCUUCACUCUUUGAGGUGCUCCAUCACAGGUCUCAGGACGGGCCAGAGAUAUUAUGUCCGUGUCUCAGCAUACAACAUGAGAGGAUGGGGACCUCCAUGCAGAUCUACUCCUGAAUAUGCUUCUCCUUCAAACUGGAAAGACUGCAGUGGAAGAGAGCCCCGGCACAGGGGACACACAGAGGCCCUGGAACGCCUCCUGCAGCAGGUCCGAGCAGCUCAUCAGCACCACAACUGCAGAGAAAGUUCUAAAUUACAAAAUGCUGGUCGCAAGCAAUCGGUUUCCAGAAGCCUGAAGCACCUUUUCCAUUCAUCAAACAAGUUUGUGAAGACUCUGAAACGGGGACUCUACUUAUCUGUUAUACUUUUUUACAAAGACAAUUUGUUAGUAACCAAUGAAGAUCAGAUCCCAAUUGUGGAAAUCGAUGACUCUCACAGUAGUUCAGUUAUGCAGGAUUUCCUGUGGUUCACAAAGCUGUCUUGCAUGUGGGAUGACAUCAGGUGGCUGAGGCAGAACAUGGCAGUGUCCGUGUCCUCCUCCACAGCACUCCAGGCCAGGCAGAAGAUGCUCUCAGCAGCAGCACAGCUACAGAAUUUGCUGGGAACUCACAAUUUAGGCAGAGUUUUUUAUGAGCCAAUCAAGGAUCGACAUGGCAAUAUGCUGAUAGUUACUGUAAGAGAAGUGGAGAGUCUGUACUCAUUUUUUAAUGGCAAAUGGAUGCAGGUAUCCAAACUACAAAGCCAGAGGAAAUCCCUCUCAACUCCAGAGGAGCCAACAGCAUUAGACAUCUUGCUUAUAACAAUCCAGGACAUACUUUCCUAUCACAAACGAAGUCAGCAGCGCCUCCCUCCCGGCUUGUAUCUGGGUUACCUUAAACUCUGCAGCUCUGUGGAUCAGAUCAAAGUGCUUGUGCUGCAGAAGCUGCCCAAUGUCCUGUGUCACGUCAAAAUCCGAGACAACAGCAACGUUUCCAAAGAUGAGUGGGAAUGGAUCCAAACACUUUCUGGCUCAGAAUCCGUGGAAAGUAUGGAUCAUGCUUCAGACUGCCCUACUCAAUUGUUCUUGUAUGAGCUCCAGACAGCAGUGAAAGCUCUCCUCAAACAGAUCAAUCUACCUCUGCAUCAGGCUAAGCACUUCCGUCUGUACACACAGGAGGUGUUGGAACUGGGUCACAAUGUCUCCUUUCUUCUCCUGCUCCCCGCCUCAGACGACGUCUGCACUGCCCCAGGACAGAAUAAUCCUUACACCCCACACUCAGGAUUUCUUAACCUCCCUCUUCAGAUGUUUGAACUUGCUCAUUUUUGCUGUUACAAGGAAAAAUUUAUAAGCCUGUAUUGCCGCCUUUCUGCUGUCAUAGAGCUGGACUCUCUGAAAACCCAGCAGUCCCUGAGGGAAGCAAUUUCAGACAGUGAAGUAGCUGCAGCCAAACAAAGACACCAGCAAGUUAUAGACUACAUACAGCAAAUUGAUGAGAUCUGGAGGGACAUGAGAUGGAUCACAGAAGCACUGCAGUAUGCAAGAUACAAGCAGCCAGCAGCAGGCCUGCCCAUAAAGAAACUUGUGGAUCUUUCAGAAGAGCACUCUCAAAAGAAAAUGAGCUCCACCUCUUCACAUCUAGAUUGUCUUCCUUCACCUCCCUCUUCUCCUGAGCCUAGAAUCCAGAGGAGAAAAGCUAUGAGUGACUCCCAGCCCUGCUCGGAUGAAGAAGGCUGCUCCGAGGUCUUCCUCCCAACCGACAGCGACUACGACUCCAGCGAUGCCUUGAGCCCAAGGGAGUUAGACCUGAUUUACUCCUCAUCCCAGGACAUCUCCCAGCAGGCUGGCAGUGUCCUGGGUGGCAGUGCACCCAACGUGCUCCAAGCCCACGACAUGAAGCCCUGCCUGGCACUGAGGGAAGGCCUGACAGAGUGCGGAGUCGUGGACACCAGUGCUGAAUGUUGCACAGAGCAGAUGAGCAGUCUGACAAUGUCAGAGCUUACACCAAAAGGCACGGACAAGUCCUCCGGCUCCAAGCAGCCACUGGGCUUUUUAGGGAAAAAAAAGUUGGGGAAACACCAGCAUUACAACUACUUCAGCCGGCAGCACCGCUGGCUGCGUGUGCACAGCGAGACUCAGGCGGGCUCUCUGUCAGAAGGUGUCUACACCCAGCAUCUCAUGAGAUCUCCAGAUUUGUCUCAAGAACCUACCUCCAGCGAGCAGGGGACCUUUCCCAUCGAUGGGUCUCGGGGCACUUCCGUACCUCAUGCAUCCAGCCUUCCAGAGGAUGGAAAAGGCAAGUAUGAGGAACCAAGGCAGGAUGUGCACAGGAUACACGUGGAGCCUUAUGAAACAAGACUUCUGGAUGAAGAGAGUGAGUCCUGGGCGAUGGGCACAGACUCUGUAGAACACACAGAUGUGCACAGUGCUAUGCAACAGAUCCCGGGGCCAGAGGAGCAGUCGGGUUCUGCUGUCCCAGAAGUUUUCAGCAGCACCCUUUAA